AUGUCCGCCGUGCUGUACAAGCACUUCCAUCCCAUAAUCGAUUUUUGCCGCUCAUUCGGCCCUUCGAGUCCACCAAUUGCCUGGUCUCUGCGCCUGCGCCUCCUCCUCUUCCAGCCCAUCAUCACUCUCACAGCCCUCAUCACUCAUGCGCCAUACUUCCUCCGACGCAAACCCUACACCACGUUGCGCAUCCCCACACGCUCUGGAGGAGUCCGCGCCCUACUUUACAACCCUCGCCAUUCGGCCACCACGCAACCAGACCUCCGUCCCCUCCACCUAGACCUCCACGGUGGCGCUUUUGCAGGCGGAAACCCCGAGGCCAACGUCCGCUUCUGCGCACACAUCGCUGCCACCACCGGCUGCGUUGUCGUUAGCACCACCUACCGCAUCGCGCCCAUCCACCCCUUUCCGGCCGCCAUCGACGAUGUGGAUGAUGUGGUCUCCUGGCUACAUAUGCACGCCGAGGAGGCACUGGGCGCCAAUCCACGUCUCAUGACCGUUGGAGGAAGCAGCGCCGGCGGGAACCUUGCGGUUUCGAGCUGCCAGGGCGAGGGGUGUCAUGGCCGGGCUGAGACCGCCAUGAAGGGCGUGGUGACGUUCUACGCUCCGCUUGAACUCAGGCUGCCACCGUGGGAGAAGCCACAUCCGCCUAGCAUUCCGCAGAAGGACCCGAUGAGGGUGUUCUUGCCGCUGUAUGAUGCGUAUGCCAGGCUGGCGGGAGUAGAGCAUCAGGAGAACCCGAGGCUCAGUCCGGUGGUGAUGGACGUAACUAUGGUGCCGGAUGAUGUGUUGCUGGUGAUCCCGGGGAUUGAUAUCCUGGUGCAUGAGCAGGAGACCUUUGUCGAAAGGGUGAGGAAAGAGGCCACGGAGAAGGGGCUAGAGAAGAGGGUGGAAGUGCUCAAGAUUGAGGAGGCCUUUCAUGGGUGGAUGGAGCUACCGAGCUUCAUCAUGGAGGAACAACGGGUCCGCGUAUUGAAUCGAGCCACAGCGUGGAUGAAAGAGGUGCAUCGCCGGCAUGGCUUCGUCGCUGAAGACUGA